AUGGAAGAUGUAAAACAUGGCAAAAGAAGCCCAGAAAGUCCUUGUUCAAAGAACAGCAACAACAAUAAUAACAAAGAACAAGACCGCUUCCUCCCAAUAGCCAAUGUGGGUCGCAUAAUGAAAAAGGUCAUCCCUGGAAACGGAAAAAUAUCAAAAGAUGCAAAAGAGACAGUUCAAGAAUGUGUCUCUGAGUUUAUCAGCUUUGUUACAGGUGAAGCCUCAGAUAAAUGCCAACGAGAAAAGAGAAAAACAAUAAAUGGUGAUGAUAUAAAUUGGGCCAUAACGACAUUAGGGUUUGAGGAAUACGUUGAGCCACUCAAACUCUAUCUUAGCAAGUAUAGACAGGAAGAAAACAAAGGAAACAACAACAACAACAACCUACCUAAACCGCACCAAUGCAUUGAACAACAACAACACACUUUGCCAACUUAUAAGAGUCUCUAUUCAACGACAACCACCAAUAUUAUGUCACAACAACCUUUUGCAUCCGUUGGCGACCAAAAGUUUGGGUUACCAUUUUCUUCAAAUACAAUUCAAACACAAUUGCAUCAUCAACAGGAAAGCAUUGAUUCCGUUGGGCAGUGGUAAUUUCAUCUUCUUCUUGUUAUUCCUUUGGAAAUGGAAUUUGUAACUGUGUUUCUUUAUUUUUUCGACCACAUUUUAGAAGAUAGGACAAUAGAAAAUCUUCUUACACCAAUGUGGUUUAUUAUAUUAAAUAUAGCACAUGUGCUUGUUCAAGUUGUAUAGUUUUAAUAGAAUGCGUUUGCUAGUUUUAUAUCAUUAUACCA